CUUACCGAAUAAGGGGCUCCAGUCCCUCCACGUAACAAAUACCCGGCGUCAAUUCAUUCAUGGAAUCCACAACUGAAAAUGUAGCUUCUGUAUUCAAUCGAUUACAAUUCAUCAAUAGUUGUUUAGCGUCAGUUGAUCUCAAAAAAAGACUAAUCGCCAACACAACCAUGGCAUCCAAGGUCGCCGUCAUCGGCAGCGGCAUUUCAGGAGCAGUCUGCGCGUCGAUUCUCGCUAAGAACGGUAUAUCCGUCACCAUUUUUGAGUCUGCCAGAGGCCCCGGCGGCCGCAUGUCGCAACGAAGAGAACAUUGUGAAGAUGGGAGAGAGCUAUCGUUCGACCAUGGUGCGCCUUAUUUUACUUUGAACGCCGCCAAUUCAGAACUGCAAAGUCUAGUUAAUGCCUGGGAAUCAAGAGGUCUAGUGGCUCAGUGGAAUGCUAAAUUUGGCUCUUUUGAUUAUAGCUCGAGAAGUUUUGUCAGCGUUUAUGAGGAUCAGGAAGUGAGCACGAGAUAUGUUGGUGUGCCGGGGAUGAACUCUGUCUGCAAAGCAUUAUGCCAAGAUCCCGGGAUUGAAACCAGGUUUGGACACACUAUUGGAAGGUCGGAUUGGUUGAUGGAUCAAAAUGCAUGGUCCUUGACGAGCAUCGAUGGACAAGAUGUUGGCCAUUUUAUGGGAGUGGUAGCUACAGACAAGAACACUUUUUUGUCUAGGUUUACAGAUGUCACUGGAAAACAGCCACCUAUUGAUCUGAGUUCAGAUUCAGGAGACGGCUUUCAGAUAAAAGAAAUUCCAGCGUCUCCUCGCUUUGCUCUUAUGCUGGCAUUUUCAGAAUCACUUUCAUCUAUACCCAUAAAAGGUUUUUCAUUCAAGAACUCUGAAAUUCUAAGCUGGGCUCAUUGUGACAGCAGCAAGCCGGGACGUUCAACUACUAGUGAGCGCUGGGUGCUGCACUCUACUGCCAAAUAUGCAGAGCUCAUCAUCUCUCAAGCAGGACUCCAGAAGCCUUCCCCUGCAUUAUUGACAAAAGUGGCUGAGGAACUAUUUCAAGAAUUCCAGAGAACCGGCAUUGACAUACCACAGCCUUUUUUCAAGAAAGCUCAUAGAUGGGGAAGUGCCUUCCCGGCUGUCAGCAUUGCACGAGAGGAGAAAUGCUUGUGGGUAGAAAAGAGGAGGUUAGCAAUAUGCGGCGACUUCUGCGUGAUGCCUAAUGUUGAAGGUGCAAUAUCUAGCGGCAUCGCUGCAGCUGCUAAGUUCGUUGAAAUGCUCGCUACUUAAUUGGUAUUUUGAUGGUCAGUGGCUUAUGAAUUUUUCUAUUGCCAAUGUGCAAGCUGCUUACAUUUUUACGUUCUAGCCUUCUAGGGGUAAUGGGGCAUUGUGUUUCCCCUUAUUGAUUGCUUUACAAGCAUGGAAAUUCGUCAUGUCACAGUGUAUAAUCUAUGGGGCAUUUACCAUUCAAGAUUUAUAAUACACAUUAUUGGGCAUAUUCAUCAUCAUAA